GUGACAUGAAAACUGGAUUUGUUAUUAUGACAAUAUUUUACAAGAUUUUUUCGUAUUGCGUGAGCCUACUAACGCUGUCUAUAGGUCUGCCAUUAAUAAGUUGCAGAAAACCCCAUGAAAACUAGGCUGCACUGUCUAUUCCCAUUCGGAUUAAGUCUCGCGGUGUUUUGCCGUCUGGAUAUCCUACCAUUUUCCGUCUAAAAUAACAUCUAUGUUUCUAUUGUCGGCGCUGGUGCGGCGGCGUGUGCAGUCUGGCCGGGACGCGGCGCCCAUGCGGCGCUGAGCGGCUUCCCCGAUCCUGAGUUCAGACGCCCGCACCUCCCGGCUACUCCGUCCGUCCGUAACGUGCGUCACAGCCACAUUUAUUUGAUCAUUUGCUAUCGGAACAUCAUGGCGACAUCUGCGGCUGUCAACCCGUCAGACAUGGCCUCAGAUCUCUCUGGGUCUGUGGCCACGCCGAGUGCGGGGGCUGGACCGGCCCAGGCGAGGAUGCCCGGCAUGUUGCAGGGUCGAGGGAGCAAGAGGAGGUCAGGGGGGAUGGAUGUGGAGGAGGAGGACGGCGAAGGCCCCAGCAAGUUUUCAAGAGAGAACCACAGCGAGAUCGAGCGCCGUCGCCGCAACAAGAUGAGCCAGUACAUCACGGAGCUGUCGGACAUGGUGCCCACCUGCAGCGCUCUGGCCCGCAAGCCCGACAAGCUGACCAUCCUGCGCAUGGCCGUCUCGCACAUGAAGACCAUGCGUGGGGCGGGGAACACCUCCAUCAACGGGGCGUAUAAACCCUCCUUCCUCACCGAGCAGGAGCUGAAACACUUAAUCCUGGAGGCUGCGGAUGGAUUCCUGUUUGUGGUUGCGACCGAGACGGGCCGUGUGAUCUACGUGUCAGACUCGGUGACGCCGGUGCUGAACCAGCCACAGUCCGAGUGGCUGGGAAGCACGCUGUACGAGCAGGUGCACCCGGACGACGUGGACAAGCUGAGGGAGCAGCUGAGCACCUCGGAGAGCUCCAUGGCAGGUCGCAUUCUAGACCUGAAGACAGGCACAGUGAAGAAGGAGGGACAGCAGUCAUCCAUGCGGAUGUGUAUGGGCUCCAGACGCUCAUUUAUCUGCAGAAUGAGGUGUGGCAUGGCCUCUUUGGAACACCGACUGUCCAACGUGAGGAAGAGGUACAGGGUCGGCCUUGGAUCCUCCAAGGACGGGGAACCGGAGUACUUGGUUGUGCACUGCACAGGAUAUGUGAAAAGCUGGCCGCCUGCAGGUGUGACGAUGCCUGAGGAAGAUGCCGAACCGGGACAGACCAGCAAGUACUGCCUGGUGGCGAUCGGCAGACUGCAGGUAACCAGCUCGCCGGUCACUGUGGACACCAAUGGCCUACUGGUUCCCACCGAGUUUCUCUCACGGCACAACUUGGACGGCGUCACCACUUUCGUGGAUCCUCGCUGCAUCAGCGUUGUUGGAUACCAGCCGCAGGACCUACUGGGCAAAGGAAUCCUUGAAUUCUGCCACCCCGAGGACCAGGGCCACCUCAGAGAGAGCUUCCAACAGGUGGUGAAGCUGAAAGGUCAGGUCCUCUCCGUCAUGUACCGCUUCCGUCUGAAGACCAGAGAAUGGAUGCUUAUCAGAACCAGCAGCUUCACGUUCCAGAACCCCUACUCAGAUGAGAUUGAGUACAUCAUCUGCACCAACACCAACAUCAAGCAGCUCCAGCAGCAGCAGGUCGAGCUGGAGGAACAGCAGAAGACCAGCACUCCUGCCUAUGACCUCACCCAGGUCCCCAUCCCUGGUGCAGCUGCAGGGGUCCAUGAAGCAGGCAAAACCCUGGAGAAGCAGGAUGGCAUGUUCUCCCAGGAAGCAGAUGCUCGCUUUGUAGAGGUGUACGCUGGGAUGCCAGGCUCCGACAAAAAGAUAAUGGGGCCAUCAUCCACCUUGGGGAGCCAGCAGCUCUUCCCACAGGGCAGUCCCUUUGAAGCAGGGCAUGCUGGGAAAACCUUUGGUUCCUCUGUUAUUCAUGUUCCUGGGGUGUCUGAUAUCCAGACAUCAACCCCCACUGGUCAGAAUCUGGAGCAGAUAUCACAGGAAAUUAACCCAGCCCCCGUGACUUGGACAGACAGCCGCCCCCCCUUCUCCUCGCAGUCUGGGAAGACCCAGUCCUCUUCUUUCGAAAUUGGCUCCAGUCACAGCUACACGGCAGACCCAUCUCCAUACAGCCCUCUUUCCAGUCCAGCCACAUCGUCCCCCAGUGGGAAUGGCUACAGCAGCUUGGCCAAUCGUGGUGCUCCAUUCGAUGUUGCAGAUGAAGGCGGUCAGGAUGGGGUCCAGUUCCAGGGCCGGCCCUCAGAGGUGUGGUCACAGUGGCAGGGGCAGCACCACGACCAGCAGGGCGGCGAUCAGCACGGCCACACCCAACCUGGGCAGACAGAGGUCUUCCAGGACAUGCUGCCUUUGGCUGGGGAUCCAACACAAGGAACAGCCAAUUACAACAUUGAAGACUUUGCUGACUUGGGAAUGUUUCCGCCUUUUUCCGAGUAGCUUCCAAUAAUAUGGAAAGGAUGGCCGAGGAGUCUGUUUCUGUUUGCCUUUAUGCUCAAAAGAAUGGUACAUCAAAAAAUGUCAGUAAACUCCCCCGUGCCUGUGAAGGUCAACAAACACACCCGUCCCCGUAAACAAGGGAGACGGUACCAUCAUCGCAGUGGAAUCCGUAAACAAGACUGAUGAGUAACGUGUGACUUGUAAGUGUUGAUCACCUGACGGAACAAUCAGUUAUGUGCCACAGUGACUGUGUGCUGCUGCGUUUCUGCCUUGUUUACAUUCCAGAAGAGUUUCACUGCAUUCAGUUUCCAUAUUCCGGGUGUCCGUGACGGACGUUGACUAAAGAUCACUGUUUACACAGUUCACAAAAAAUCUGUCCCAAAACACUGCACAAGCAGCACCAACUUGGGUGUCUACCAUUUAUCACUAAUUACAGCUUUUGUUUAACACAGUAGGAUUCAAAGGCAACGCUGGGUACGAUAGUGUGAAGUACUAAACACACAAGAAGCAUAAGUUUGUACUAGAUUUGGAAAAGGCAACAGCAGCAGCUCUUUGUGAGAUGAAGGUCCUUACACAGGCUGAGCAGCAUGAAACACAACUGCUGCACUUUGCAUAUCGUUUUUUUUUCACUGUUCACAGACAACAGCAUUGGUUAUUUUGCAUGGCAAUGCAUGGCCAGAUGUAUGUAUUGCAGUGUUGCAGUGUUUCCCAAAAUGGUCCUCAGGGACCCGCAGACAGUUCACGUUUUUGCUCUACCAGGGGCUGGGAGGAAGCAAAAAUAUGGACUGUCUGUGGGUCCCUGAGGACCGGGUUGGGAAACACUAAUGUAUUGUGUAACAUUUGGUAGUGGGAUGACCAAUCAUGAGUCACCAUAGGUUUGCUAGAUCAAGUCAGAGUUUUUGUAAAUAAAGCGUGAUUUAUACAUCACUGUUUUUGUACAUGGAAAAAGUAUACGCAUUUUAUGUACUAUCGAUAUCACUGUGCAUAAAGUUAAUCAGUGUAUUAAUGUUUAGUUUAAUGUAUUUUAUGUCUGGACUUGUAUAAAAAUUGUGUAACUGUGAUUAUUUUUGUGUGACUGCACAGAUGUGCUUGUGACAAUUAAAUAUCGACUAUACAA